AAACAGAGUAGCCGUUCCUCCCAGCAGCAAGUCUGAGGCGGAGAGCUACUGUUGCCUCAGAUAUCUCAGCUGAUAGCAGCAGCUCCAGGUUCUGCUCCACUCUACUGUACUUCACCGGCACCGACUUAAGCUCUCGGGUCACUGAGAGGUUGGUGGCAGGGGAUUUAAGGACCUCCCCUUAGAGGUUUAUAGAAAGCUGCCGGUAGCUACAUUCAGACUCGUCCACUGUUAAGGAAGGGGAACUAUCCUGAUACCAACCAACCGGAGAAACAGCAGUCAGAUCACUUGUAAACAAAGCUGAAUGGGACACGUGUACUAGACUGCUGAGAGGCUGCAACAGCAGAAAGAGUUCUUCUUGUGACACUCCUACAAAGAGAGCAACAUGCAUAUAUUACAGCCGUACUGCAUCAACAGGUGGCCAGAUGUGCCGAAGAGAAAGAGCAAGAAUAGCCAGUGUUCGGUGAAGAGUAUGUCUGCUCUUAGUGUCUCUGUUCCAGGGUACAUCCCCAGCUACCUGGAGAAGGAUGAGCCGUGUGUGGUGUGUGGGGACAAAGCGACUGGCUACCACUACCGCUGCAUCACCUGCGAGGGUUGCAAGGGUUUCUUCCGCAGGACCAUCCAGAAGAACCUCCACCCGGCUUACUCCUGUAAAUAUGAAGGCUGCUGCAUCAUCGACAAGAUCACCCGCAACCAGUGCCAGUUGUGUCGGUUUAAGAAGUGCAUCUCUGUGGGCAUGGCCAUGGACUUGGUGUUGGACGAGUCGAAGCGCGUGGCCAAGCGGCGUCUCAUCGAGGAGAAUCGACAGAGAAGGAAGAGGGAGGAGAUGGUUCGGACGCUGCAGACGAGGCCAGAGCCAAGCACCGCGGAGUGGGAGCUGAUCAGGAUGGUCAGCGAGGCCCACCGGCACACCAACGCCCAGGGCUCCAGCUGGAAACAGAAGCGCAAGUUCCUGUCAGAUGAUAUCGGCCAAGGUCCGUUGGUGCCCACUUCCGAUGGAGAUAAGGUGGACCUGGAAGCAUUCAGCGAGUUCACCAAGAUCAUGACCCCCGCCAUCACGCGCGUUGUCGACUUUGCCAAGAAAUUGCCCAUGUUCUCAGAGCUGCCUUGUGAAGACCAGAUCAUUUUGCUGAAGGGCUGCUGCAUGGAGAUCAUGUCGCUGCGUGCCGCUGUACGCUAUGAUCCAGAGAGCGAGACGCUGACGCUGAACGGCGAGAUGGCUGUCAAACGCGAGCAGCUGAAGAACGGCGGGUUGGGCGUUGUGUCAGACGCCAUCUUUGAUUUGGGCAAGAGCCUGGCUCAGUUCAACCUAGAUGACUCGGAGGUGGCUCUGAUGCAGGCCGUGCUGCUCAUGAGCUCAGACCGUUCAGGGCUGACCAGUGUGGAGAAGAUCGAGCAGUGCCAGGAGGCAUACCUGCUGGCAUUCGAGCACUACAUCAACUACCGCAAGCACAACAUUCCUCACUUCUGGCCCAAGCUGCUGAUGAAAGUGACAGACCUGCGCAUGAUCGGAGCUUGCCACGCCAGCCGCUUCCUCCAUAUGAAGGUGGAGUGUCCCAACGAACUCUUUCCCCCGCUCUUCCUGGAGGUCUUUGAGGACCAGGAAGUGUGACUUACAAAACGUUGAGCCCCCUAAAAAAACCCUGGCCACAGAAGGAAAUAAAUGGGUUGGCUUUUGGUAGAAGAGGAAGUGUGUGGGAAGGACAAGAGGAGAAGAGAAACUGGAUUUGUUUUUUUCUUUAGUGGGAACAUGCCCUGUAAACUUUGUUUUUUGUCCCUUUUUUGUCACCCACAAGACCCACCACCUGCCACCAGCAAACACACAUCAACAUCACCAGAGAGAAACACUGACAAUCCAGCUUUGCUUUUUGUCAUUCUGAGAGGUACACACACACACAGACAGUUGUAAACCGUUAGAUAGAUAUUCACAGAUUCCAAACACACUGCCAUGAACAUACAGUAAAUCUAUAUGCAAAUUUCAGCAAUUAACUCUUCUUGCACCUGUAUGGACAAACAGCUGUACUCUACACUAAUGCAAACUGAGGGGCUUGGUAAUGUCUCUAUUCCCUCCACACCCACCUGUCAACUAAAAAAAUAUAUUUUUAAUGUCCGGGACCUGACCAGUAGCUCCUCAGACAGUCCCUACUCCCACCACACACCCGUUGCCCCCGCAUCUCAAUAACCGCAAUGGCGUCCCCUGUCUGCAGGUGCAGCCCACCCCCUCAGUCCACAGAGGCGCUGUGAGUGUUUGUCGACCUACCUCCCUCACGUACUGACCUCUCUAUCUCUCUGUCUCACAUACUCACAGAGACGCACACCUAAACUCUUACCUCAUACCUUAUAAAUUGUAUUUCCUCAUUUAUUGUGUGGGUGGUGGUAAUUUAUUGAGAAAACAUGGAGCCAUGUAGUCCUCAGUUACCCAUGUUACCUCUUUGAUAGUGUUACAGUGGGAAAACUUUAUAUAAAGUCCUUAUCUAUAAUGUAUUAUUUACACACACACCUGCAUUGCACAUAGUAAUAAUGCAUUAUAACAGUUGCUUUGUGCAUUAUUAUGUCUAAUAACUACAGCUAUAAGACAAUAUAGGUAUGAUUAUAACGGAUUAAAAGUUUUAAGAUGUUCUGAACGUCAUGGUUCUCUCUGUGAAUGUACUGAAUAAGGAGUGUGCUUCAAGAAAUUGUGUAUUGAUAUCUAGUAGGCCUUAAGGUUUGAGGUAAAAGCUUAAAGCAGUGGUUCAGCAUUUAGCUUUUUUGCCAACAGUUGGAUGAGAACAUUGAUACCACUGUCAAACACAUGAAGCUACAGCCAGCUGCCAGUUAGCUUAAUUUACACUUAAACUAUAAAAGACUGCAAAAUGUUAUCUCAGCUUUGUCCAAUAUAAAUAUAAAAUAUAAAUACGACAUAUUGCAGUGUUACGUGCUAUAGACUUUUUUAUUUCUUUUUCUUAUUUCGUUUUACCUUUGGACAGAGCCAGGCUAGCUGCUUCACUGAAUAAGCAUAUUUCCCAAAAUAACAAAUAUGUGUGUCCGGAGUAAUAUAUUUCGUCUUUUCAUCAGAUAAAAAUGUUUUUUUAAUGCUUUGGUUUAUCACCAAAUACCUUCAAAACUAAUGACAUAUCCACCAGUCUCGGCUGUACUUUGUGUUUAGUGCUAAUUAUCAAAAUCUUAGCAUGCUAAACUAAGAUGGUGAGCAUAGCAAACAUUAUUUGCUAAACUUAAGCAAGCUAAAGCAGUGAUAAUAAAUAUUUGUACAUUAUCAAUAGUUGACUUCUUGUUUGCAGCCGUUUUCCUCAAAAACUUUCUAAAAACCCACAACAGGCUAGCUAUACAUCAGAAUGAGAGAAUUAGUAGUUAGCUGUGGACAUACGGUCGUAGAGCAUUUAGCAGCUAAAGAUCUCCCUCAGAGGGCUAAAAAGAAAAUAUUGGACUUAAAUUCAACACAGCUCCAACUGAAUGCUAAUGCUGCUAAGUAAUCGCUCGAUGUGUAAAUAAGCAACUGUUUGUGUUGUGUUGACAGUUUGUUUUUGCUGCCCCCAAGAGGCCAGAACAAAGCAUUGCUUAACACUGCUAUUCUUAGCAUGUUAGCAUCACAACCGCUUCCAUUUUUACAUGGACUGCGUAUAGCUUGUGGUCAGGAUAAUCGCAGGAUAUCUGUCUACCCUGACAGCAAGAGGCCUUACUGCCUGCCGUAACCCCAUUCCUCAUUCAGUAUGUUUACAGAAAGCACUCUUUUAUUCCUGUACAUGCAAAAUGGGCAGAAAGAAAAAAAUGAUUAUAUUGUUGAGACACAUUAUGAGCAUUUUGAAAAUAGUGUAUCUAUAGGCUACAUAGGAUGUGUUUUCAACACUUCUUUCAUUAAAAGAAACAUUUCAAAAUCACAAUACAUGUAGGUGCAAUAUAUGAAUACCUCUCUGACACAUACCUCCUGUUUUCAUUACCUCACACACACACACAUAUUACACACACCCAUUCAGUUGAUGUAUUACCUCAGUUGUUUUGUUGCUCAUCUCUUCUGCCGGGCUGCACCACUCUUCCUGUCUCCAUAUGUGUGUUUGUCUUCUCAUUGGAGCCCCGUUGUGUUAUUCGCAUCAUAGCCCCGCCUCCUCACCUCCCCGCUGUCUUGUGAUAGGUUCAGUGCUGGCAGACGGUGGUGGUGGUGGUGGGAAGGGAUUUUGUCACUUACCUCUGCAGGCCUCCCCUGUCAUCUGUACCUGUUUCAAGUCCAGCCUGAAACCCACAGAUUCUACCUCACCCCUCAUCUAAGCGCAGCUGCCCCCUGUCUGCAACACACUGACAUGCAUGCACAUAUAUAUAUAUAUAAUAUAUAUAUAUAUACAUACUCGAACGUACACAGAGUGCACAAAUGAGUCGCCAGCAUGGACCCGUUGAGUGUGCUGCUGCACUCACAGCAGGUCUUUUAAACGGGCCAUGGAUUAACAUUUUACAGCUGACAUGGCAGACUUUGUAAUUUUCUCCCCUUUUUACAUUUUCAUCACACACCAUGUGGGACCAACAGUCACUUUGGAUUCUCUUUUUAUUUGGAAACCUGAAAUGACAGCGAGGGCAGGAGUGAGUUUAUUGCAGUAUGCUGAUGGAACUUAAAGGAAACGACAGCUGGAAGCUGAGACUCCAGUGGAAGCCAUUUUGGCCCGAUUGGGCCAAGCCAACGGACUACUGUGGGUGGUAACUGGGAGGUAAAUGAGCAGCAAGUGAGUCAGCAGUAUUCACCUGUGGAUAUCGUUUCAUCCUGGCCGGGGAGGGAAAUUGAGUGACUGUGGCGGGUAGCGAUGUGAUAGCAGACCACCACACAAAAAUAGGCCCUUGUUCUCGCACCUACACUACACCUGCAGAUCCUUCCCUCGCCAUCGCAGGAGAAAUGGACACUAAGCAAUUUGAAAGACUUUCUGAGCGACUGUCCUAUCCCAGAAACUCACAAUAUGAGUUACACACUGCUGGAAUAAGCUCCACCAACCAUAUCCCAAAUUGCCAUCCACUACAAAUGACUAUCAGGUUUUUUUCUGUUGCACUAGAACCACAAUGUCUGUAUCCCUUAGUAGCCCAGAACCCUUACCCUUUAACCCACCCCCCCCAACAUCUUUCCCUUCCCUGCCUGUCUUAAGCAGUCUUAACAAUAUUCACUAAAUUGUGAAUUGUCACACACAUGUAGAAACGCACACAGUCCGUUAUCUAGGCUCUUGAUUACCUGUUGGACCCAACGAGGACUGUGACAUGGCCUUCAGGCGCCGCCACUCUGUGUUCUGUUCUAAUCUAUGUUGCAGGGUAUUAAAAUAGAACCGUAAGCUCUAAUUAUACAGGGAUAUACACGCACAGCAGCAGCAGCAGUAACACACACACAGCAAUAGGAUGAUCAAGCAGUAACGUUUCACACCCGCCACCUCCGGGCCUUGCGUGUUUGGACUGUACUUUGCUCACUAUCACUGUGAAUGAAAGCCAUGCUGCAACCGGGCCAUGGCUCAGACAGGGAACCUGCUCGCUUAGUAGGUCUGACAUGCUAAUGUGCCUCACAGAGGCCGGAAAUAGAGAUACACAUUAUACACUAUACAGAAGCAUAUAUUGUGUAUAUAUAAAUGUUAGAGUUAUUGUAUGUGGCAUUCGAUCUAUCAGUGGCUGAAUUUAUGCUGCCAGCUCAAAUCAGAUCAUGAAUCUGUCCGAGCAGUCAUGUAGCAGAGGGUGUCAGAAUCAGUUUACCCAGCUGUAUUAAUAUCCGUAAAGUAAUAUAUAUGCAUUGUUUGCAGUUGACGUCAUAUUGCAUUAUGAUGCCUUAAGUAUAAAUACAUCUGCUUUCUCCCUAUUUUAAACAUGAGAUCAGGUCUGGUCCAUAUAGCUCGAUAAUUUCAGGUUUAGAUUUUAACUGGCAGCACAGCCACUCUCUCUCUCACUCUCUUUCUCUCACUCUCUUUCUUCCAGCCAAAUGAUCACUGGAGAAAUCCUCCCUCCUCUGCCCGUCCUCUUAAAAAACCACACCAGCACCACAGAGCACACUGCCUUCAGCCAUGAUCAGUUGUACCAGCAUAGCAGAGAGACAGGCCAACAGUCACUGACCAUCCUCCUCACCAAAAAGCCAUUUUACCUGGACUUCACUGCUAGCUACGAUCAUGUUCACACAGCGGGCAAAUCCAGUUCAAAUCUGUGUCAUUUUUAAUCGACCAGACUGAAUCUGGGUCCAGGCAAUAUAUUAAUUUGCUGUCUAUAUGACCAUGGUCGUCAUAGUGACCAGGCAACCAGGCACACAGUGUCGAGGAACACGUUUUCCACAUGACCAACCACUCAAUAUGCUGCAACAAAGCCGAUGACACGCAGUGCUUAUUACUAACUUUAUGGCUUCAUGACCUCCUCGCCGUGUAAUCAUGAGAGGAGGCGUUGAGCCUGAGAAAGGUUCCUUUUUCUUUUCUUUCAAGAUGUAUCUUAAUUCAAAAUAGAAAAAUGGAUUUGAUCCGCAUGUUUGAACAUGGCCAGGGUGGUGGUACAUGAGGCAGUUUUUGCAGGCGAAGCCCAAUGGAAAUGCCUCCCAUUAUAAAGAGCCACAGAGUCAAACACGUGCGUACUUGUGCCAGUAGAGCACUAAAAGCAGCACUGCUAAGGCCCAUGAGAGUUGCCUCUCUCCCUCUGUACACCCUGUGUUACUUUCUGCACUUCCUACCCGAGCUGCAAAAUCUCUGUCUCUUAGGGUGAAGUUAGGGUUAAGUUUUAUGUUCGUUUACAAUUAACUAAAAUGUGAAGCUCUGUCGCUGCAGCAUGGCUCAAAACUAUAACAACCACUCUGAAACAGGUCAUCUUUCCACAAAUAAACUACUUUUAUUACUUACCCAGGGAAAACAUAUUUGUCAAUAACACCUUUUUCCUAACAUCUAUCUUUUCCCGUCCUUCCAUCUCUACUCCCCCACAUUCCCAUUCUAGUUCCUGUUUUAUCAAUCUUUUUCCGAUUCUACAUCCUCACCCCUGUCCCAUUUCUCUAUUUAACUCCUUCACUCCUCUUUCCUUCACCCCCAACACACAUCCCCCACGCACACACACACACACACACACACACACACACACAGAUUUGCAGAAAGCUACGCCGACUCAUACGAACACUCUUGGUGGAGAAAGACGACAAUCCCUGCAGGAAUAUGUCCACAUGUGGAAUGUAAAAUACUGAAAUUGUACGAUUAAAGACACAGUGUGAAGUCCCACAAUCAUGUUGUUUUGAUGUUGUUGAUGUUGCUUUUGUUGUGCACCAAGUGUUCGUUGUUAUGCUUAUUCUGGAGCGGAUGAGUUAGCAGGUGGGGUUAAAACCUUGAUCAUGUGACAGACUGCUACUGAUAAGUCCUUUUUUUAAUAUUGUAUGUUUAUAAAAGUGGUGUGAGGACUGAAAACCUUGAGCGAUGUAAAGCAAGAGAUGAAGUGACUUUAUUUUGGAUAGAGAAAAAAAAGCUCUUUUUUUUUAAUGAUUAUUAAUUAAUAUUAAGUCUCUAUUACUUUGCAUCUGAUUUUCUUGGUAAGUGAAUGUCUGUCUAUCUGUGGUGAUGCUUUACUGUGAGAAAAUGGCUGUAUAUGCAGUGGUAGCUAGUGCUAACGUCACCCAAGGGUCAUGGUUCAAAUCACCUUCAGUUUAGCUGGUUGAAAAAAAAGUCUUCAUAGCUCUUUUAAACAGCCUGCUAUUCAGUUCCUAAGAGAUGUAAUCCUAUUUAGCAUUUUAACUUUUUAGUUGCCUUAUUCUGGUUUUAAAAUCAGCAAUUAAAUGUGUUACAAAUUCAGAAUAACACAGGCGCACACAUUUUUAGGAAUAGGCCCAUCGGUCACGUACUAUUAUCUAAUGAGAGUUUUGGCACCAGACCUAGCUCUGUAGUGUGUAUGCUAGCACUUUAAUAUACACUAUGUAACUGUAGGUGACAUGCCUUACUCUCAGUAUAACCUUUUAGUAACACAAAUUUGGCACAGGUUUGGAUUCAUACUUUUCAGAAAUUAUUUAAAACACAUUCUCAAGUUUUAAUGUCUGCAAUUGGGUUUUCCCAUCUUUUUUGUCAGGUAGCACCACCGCUGCCUGUGAUAGGUUGAGAUAGUGGAGACAAGACCCUAGUACAUUCUUCCUUAUGAGCCUUAAACUCCAUUAAUUAAACAACGCUAAUCAUAAUGUUUCUUUAAGACACAGGAGUUUUUUUAAAUUCAGCUUCUGUCAGCCAUUAGAGGAGCCGCAACUAACUAGUGGGAUAGCUUGACAAUUUAUGUAUAUGUAAAUAAAAUAAAAAACAUAACCAGAACAAAUUUCACUGACUAUCACGUGGAGUUUAAUGUCACUUCAGGCUCAAGGUUUUCGGAAUAUGAUGAGCUGCAAAUUAAUAUCAUAUCUUCUCUUCUUCUUCUUCUUAGCAUGCACAUUGCUUAGCUCUAACAGCUGUCUGAUGACUAGCCCCACUCUCAUAUUGGGUAAGGUGGAUCAAUGGGCCAAAGCCCCUCAAAAGGAAAUGUAUUUACUUCAAAGAAACUCCAGCUAACGUCACAGAACAACACAUUUGAAGCACAGUUUGACUUGUACUUGUACAAUUAAUACAUGUUUUUUUAGAGGCUGUACGAACAUUAUUGGUGUGUCACCUCACACAGCAACAGUACAUUAAGUGCAUUGCCACUAAAUACAAUUAAUACCUAUGUUUUCCUGACGGACUGCAAUGUAAUUGGAGUGGGGGGAGGUGGGUGAACCUUAUGUUUCAAUAUUUUAGAGUAAGAACGUCCACAGUAACAUUAAUACUUUAUCUGGACACUCCCCUUAGAAUGAAACGGCAUUACUCUCCCCACAAUAUCUCCAAAUAAUGACAAAGUAUUGGUACAGCUUAACUUAUGAUUAAUAACUAAACAUAUCAAACAAACCUUAUAACCCUCAAGAUAUAAAUCUGGGAAGAUAAAACAUUGAAAGAACCUUUCCCUGCUCAUCCAAAAAAAGUAAGACUAUUCUCCGCUCAGCAAUAAGAAAAAUCACAUAACCCUCGCCGUCCCUAAUCAUUUUCAUACAGUCCCUUAAGACUCAUUAUGGAUGCAUACAGUAUUGUUUCUGCUUCCAGUACGAUUAAUAGGUUACUAUUUUAAGUUCAUUGUAAACUGCAGUUACACCAAAUCCAUUAUCCCAUUAGUUUAGCUGAAAGUAAAUGAACCUGAAUCCUGCCUUCCACAGUUUCUUGGGCUGCAUCACUCGCUAAGCUGGGUCAAGAGAACAACACCCACGUCCUGAUCUUAGCCUUUAGAUUGCUCAAAUGUAUCUGACCUUAGACCAGAGCUCGUCUUGCAAUGUAUACAUCUGCCGUGUAUUAAUCUCAAUGUUGUGAUGAGAAUAUUGAUGGAAAAAAAAGCCUCACCAUACAAAAACGAAAGAGUAAAGAAACAAAAAAUCACAAAAUAGAUACCAAAAAAAGAGAUUUGUACAACUUUUCAUACCUCAUUGUACUGCUAUGUGCCAGAGUGACGGAGGGGGAGUGAUCAGUCUGAAGUGAGGAAAUUCACCAGAAGUUCUCAAAAUGGUGGCUUGAAUAGUUUAGUUGGGAGCCUGUCCACGUCCCUAAACAAACUCAAAAUGUGUUAUAGAGGGUGGAUGAAUUUGGUAAAACUGCUUACAGAAUCUUUUCUGGUUGUAAGAUACAUCAUUGUGACAAUGUAUGAAACAAAAAAGAAAAUACAUGCACUUACUUUGUUUUGUCCAUAAGGAACUGACGUCAAGGAAUAUGAAGCCAUGCUGUGAGUAUUUAUCAUCAGCUGGCAGAUAUUUUUUCCUUCUCUAUGUGUGUUCUGCCCUGAGGACUGAUGUUUCAGGACAAGAGUUGGAGUGCAUUGAAUAGUUUGGCCAAAUUAAAUACUUAAAUGCAAAUUACAUUUUUUUAAAUAGUCGGCAGGGGCAAAGAAAUAAAAAAUGGUGCUCCUGCCACCCCCUAAACAUUUUCUGAAGAGCAAUGUAUCCUCUUCAAGCUUUCAAAUCUCCUUAGGUGCAAAUAUGCAGUUACACUUCUUUGUGUCCAGUGUACUUUAAAGCUGCAGUAGGUACUUUUUAUAAAAAAAAAAUUUUU